CUUUCAGUUCAGAAACCCUAGAUUCCCCCCCUCCAGGAACUGGGCCGCACGUAACAGCAUCCUCCAGUCCCUUCGUCGGCGUCCCUCUCUUCCUCAUUCUCCGCCUCUCUGCGACUCGGCUCUCUCGAGUCUCGUCUCUGUCUCUUUGCCUCAAGUUCUCUCCGCCUCUCAGUCUCUGCCCAGUGCCCUCUCGUCUCUGUCUCUCUGCCUCACUCUCUGAGUCUCUGCACAGACUGCACCUCCCCUCACUGGCCGUCGCACAUACCGUGAGCUCACGGCUUCGAUUCCUCUCGGCUUGAGCUGCUAGGCAAAGUAGGGUAUAGUCAUGGGAACUGAAGAGACAAAGGACCCCUUCAAAGGGGUUGACUGGAAAGCUGUGGGUAGUGACUUGCAGAAGGAUCCCAGUGCCAAACCAGUUAUAAAGAAGCGGCUACCAAAAAAGAUAAGACAGAUUCCAGAAUUCUAUUUCCUCCCUCGAAGAUCCCUACCAUAUAACAUUGCCUUCUAUGGGGCAUUUAUUGCCGGUGGAGUUGGUGCUGGGAUGUUGCUGGAGGUCUGGAUAAACAAGAAAGUCAAAGAGGAUGGAGGCAUCAUAUGGGAGUUCGACAAGUAGAGCCGGAAUAGCAUCACAAGAGUGCCUCUGGACCAUCAUGUCUUUCAUUUUAUCUCCCUUCUUUUGAGGGCUACUUGAUGACACCAAGGCUGGAAAGAGAGCUGAAAAUAGUUGUAGUGCUAAAAGAGGGAGUCUUAGCAUUUAAGUUGCACACAUUUUGCAUUCAUUCUAAACUUAAUCUUCUUUUUAGGCAGCUUUAAGUUCAAUAUUUGGAAAUUUUUGACAUGGAUAUACAGGCUGCCUUGAUUGUUCUGAGGACUUGAUUUAUUUCGUUGUGCAUCAGUGAGAGUAAUUCAUCUAUCAGCUGUCUGCCCCUUUUUUUCUUUAUUUUGUUUCCUUCUCAUGGGGUAACUUGGGAACCUUUUGUAUGGUAUGACAUUUUGCCGAGUUCUAUGUCAUCAAAUUGAGUUACUUUGGUGAA